AUGUCUCUCAAGGUCGUCGUCCUCGCCUGCGUGGCUGUCGUCGCUCUGUGCGACAAGGCUCCAGUCUACGCCCCUCCUCCUCCCGCCUACUCCCCUGCACCUUACCACGCCCCCGAACCCGCCUACCACGCCCCUGCUCACUACGAGCCCGAAUACCCUGAUGUGCCACCAAAGUACAACUACAACUACGGUGUCGCCGACGGAUACUCCGGCGCCAACUUCGGCCACACUGAGUCCCGCGACGCUGAGGUCACCUACGAGGGCGAGGCUCAGUAUCCCGAGCACACCCCCUCCUACAAGCCUGCUCCCCCCGCCUACGGCCCCCCUCCCCCCACCUAUGCCUAA